AUGUCAUUUGCCUUGAGCCUUCGGGACGCGGCCCUGGUUAUUCUGUUCUUCACUCUCGCUUCAACCGUGCCGGUGGCGUACAUGUGUACAUGGGGUCCGAAGACGGGUAUGCGACAGCUUGUCCAGGCAAGGUUUUCCUUUGGGAAAUACUUUGUCUCUCUCCUGAUAUUGCUCAACCUCGCUACUCUGACGGGAUUCUGCGUCGUUGAUAGUGUCAUUGGCGGUAUGGCAUUGUCGGCGGUGCAAGAUGGAGCGACUAUCAACGCUACUGUUGGUAUUGUCAUCAUUGCUAUAUUGUCGCUGGUCAUAUCUUUCUGUGGUUUUGGAGUAUUGCAUCACUAUGAACGCUGGGCAUGGAUCCCAGCAUUGGCGGCACUCGUCAUUGCUGCAGGAUGUGGAGGUAAGAGUCUCGGCCACCAGGUCGCAGCACCUGCUGCUACAGCAUCACAAGUCCUCUCAUUUGGAGGGCUGGUGGCUAGCUUCAUGCUUCCAUGGGCUGCACUUGCGAGUGACUUUUCAACGUACAUGCAUCCCAAGGCUCCUCCAUUCCGGAUCGCACUCUACACCUACACCGGCCUCGCUCUCCCGACAAUACUCUUGAUGACUCUCGGUGCGGCUAUGGGCAGCGCUACACCAAACAUUCCUUCAUGGCAAGCUGGAUACGAUGUCAACGCAGCGAGUGGAGUGCUUGCAGCCAUGCUUCACCCAGCUGGUGGCUUUGGUCGCUUCGUUACCGUUGUGCUGGCAUUCAGCAUGUUGGGCAACCUGUCGGCAACGAUGUAUAGCGUAACACUAAACCUGCAGAUGCUCGUUCCCUGGCUCUUCCGCAUCCCGCGCAUCUUCUUCAGCAUCGUCAUCACUGGAAUUGUGAUUGGCGUCGCUGUCGAAGCCUCGAAAAGUUUCUUCCUCAACCUCGAGAACUUCAUCGGAGUGAUUGGAUACUGGAGCGCUGCAUUCAUCGGCAUCGCUCUGACCGAACACACGCUAUUCCGACGAAGCAGCUUCAUGGCUUACACCGAGGAUGAAGAGGCGUGGGACGAGCCGAGCAAGCUUCCACCUGGUGUCGCGGCAAUCGGCGCAUUCCUGCUGUCGUUUGGCCUCAUCAUCCCGUGCAUGGGACAGAUUUGGUGGACAGGACCCAUUGCGGAGACCACGGGCGACAUCGGGCUGGAGGUAGCGGUUGUGCUGUCGGCGGUGCUCUAUGUACCAUUCAGGGUGGUAGAGAGGAGAAUAUCCGGGAGAUGA